AUGUUCAACAGUUUAUUUUGCAUUUCAAGACUAGGAACAAUCUUUGGAAUAAUCCAUUGUAAUUUUUUAAUAUUUAUCUUAGCUGAGAUCUGUAGAGAGUUAGCUGAUGCUUUCUACCAUAAACUAUUUUAUUAUAACAUUCAGCAAAACCAAAUAUAUGCAAAAUUAUGUAAAAAAUUGGUUAGCGAAGUAUCAGUGUACACCGAUUUCAGUGGUUAUGAACACAUGGUGGAAAAAGAAUUGAACAACUAUCCCAUUACACUGUCUGAAUGUAGAGAAAUGAUUAAUAGUAAGAAAUGUGGGUUUGGAUCUUUAACAAAAGGUAGUUCUAACACAUGGAGCACCAAUAACAAAAUUGAUGUGGAUUAUCCAAACAGAUUCACCAGCUUUUUCACUCCAAAGAGAUAUUACAAGGAAAAUUGUAUUGUUAUUGAAACAAAAGUUUACUCACAUUUCAAUCAAACAAAACCAACCAAUAUUAUGGCUGAUAUGAACAAUUGUAAAUAUCAAGACGGCUUUUGUGAGAUCAAGAAAAAUGAAAUCAUCACUUGGGAUGUCAACAGAGAGCAAAAAUGUCAAUACAUUUCGAUUGGAAUACUAGACGGAAUGUAUAGCAACAAACUUUGGGUUAACAAUAAAAACCAAAUUGCUCUCAACUUUCAAUCAAACAAAACUAUUCAAGAUUGCAACUCGAACCUAAUGAUUAGUGAUGAAGGCUUUGCUCCCGACGAUGAUAGAAGAAAACGUGAACAAGAGGAGCAAAGAAAGCAGCAAGAAGAUAAUCGAAGACGUGAACAAGAAGACAUUAGAAAACGUGAAGAACAAUCGAGACGUGAUCAAGAAGAUGGUAGAAGACGUGAUCAAGAAAGGCAAAAACAGAAUGAGGCAGAUUUCGAAAAACGGAAACAAGAAAAAUUGAAGAAGGAAGAAGAAGCUGAGAAAAAGAAGCAAGAAAAGAUUAGGAAAGCCCAGGAUGAGGCUGAAAGAAAAUUAAUACAACAACGGCAAGAAGAAGAUUGGACUGUUCAUGAUGAGAAACCAAAAGGUGGAGAUAAUCGCAGCCCCCCAAAAUCAAACAGAACCAAAAGAGAGAUUCCAGACCAUCGAUCAGAAUUUGAAACUCCUAAGGAACCCGCCAUCUUUCAACCAUUACCACUGCCAGACUACGACGAGUACCUAAAAAUAAAACAGGACUGUGAAAAUUUCCCAAGUUAUGAAGCUUUCAAGAAUAGUCGAGAUGGAUGUGAUUCGCUAACAACCUAUACAGAUUUCAUUCACAAAAUUGCCAACUUUGAGAAAGAACAGCAGUUGAAUUCUUCCACAGAUGAAAAAUGGCAGCCACUACCUUUCCCUGGUUACGAAGAAUUUCUGAGUAUCAAAGAAGAUUGUGACAUUCUCCCAAGUCAUGCCGAGUACAAGACUAUCAGAGAGAGUUGCGAUGCAUUCCCAAGUUAUACAGAAUUCAUCAAAAGAAUAUCUAAUUACGAACUGUUUCAAACUGGAAAGCAACGCAUAAAAAGAGAAUUGUACUCCGACUUCCAAGCAGCAGGAGAAUUUCAAUACCUAGAAAACCAAUCCAACAACCUUUUACGACAUACAACUGAAGUAAUGUGUGAUAUUUUCAACGAGCAAAAUGAAGUUCUUGAAAGUCUCAUCAGAGAAAAUCCAAGAAGAUUUAUUCAAAAACAGCUCAACCAUACAGCCGUUAAAGUAAGAUUUAUCGAUACUCAAGAUUCUAAUGGAAUUGUUCAAGUUACAUUCUGCAAAGAAAUUGAUGAAGAAGAGAUUGACUUUUUAGACAUUACUCGUUUCGAUGGACACAAAUUAAGUAUUGCUCUCACACUCGGACAAAUUCCAAUCAAGAUUAAAAGUCUUGGAGAUAAAAUUUGGUAUUACAAGAAUGACAAUUUUGGAGGAGUCAUAUCCAGCAAACCACAACUUCACCCAAUGAUUGAUUUUAGAACCAACAUUACCAACAUGAAAAGCUUCAAAGAAUUUGAUUUGAAAUUCCUAGAUGAUAAAGUGAUUUUCCAUGAACACAUUUUGUUAGACUUGAAGACCAACAUUGAAGAAGAACUGAUCGAAGAAAUGCGAGAAAAAUCUGAUGUCUCUAUUCAAGUACAUGCCAGUAACCAAGAUUCUACUUUACCUCACGAAAUAUUAGACGAUGUCGAAGGAUUCUUUGGAAAAUGGUGGCUUAGAAUUUGGAGAGUUGGUGUAACACUCGGAGUUGCUGUAGUUUAUAUAUUUGUGGGUAGAUCAAUUUGGAUGAUACUUUCACCCAAAACCUUUAUUGAUAGGAGAAAUAAUAACAGAAGAAGAAGAGAAUAUGAGGCUGUAGAAUUAAGAGAAAUGGUACACCGCCCAUCUGUUCAAUCUCUCACUGUUGAUUAA